ACAGAGCGGGGUGCGCGUGGGUAUGGGUCGGGAUGAGCGCAGGACAGUCGGACACUUAACGGAGACCACAGGACACACGGGCAUAAAACACACUUCAUCAAAAAUAACUUUUUAACAACUUUGAUUGGAAACAGGAAACGCUGUAUUGUGGGUUUUUGUUGGUAAAUUGUUUAAAGAGGAUUUAAUAACAAGUUUUAUUAUUUGCCUAAUUUUUCCAUGGUGGAUUUAAAAGAUAUUGAUGCAGCCUAAACCAAUGACGACGGUGUGGGAGAGAACUGGACGAAUGACGCAUUCGUUGCAUCAGGUUUCAAGUUUUUGAUUUUGAAGCAGUUUUUAUUCUCGAAACCCGAAAAGAGAACUUUAGAAUAAACCAAGUCAAAAAAGAAACUAGCACAGUCCGCGCGUUACACGUCUGUCGAAGCUCAGCCGCAGUACGGAUUCGCAAACACGAGCGAUGCGGUGAUGCAAACCGUCGCGUCGUUUUAAUAGUGCAAGAACCGAACUCGAUCCGAUUCAGACCUAAACAAGGAGAAAGAAUGAGCCGUUCCAACUUUGUCCUGCUCUUUUUAGUUUUAGUGCCUUCAGCGUUACAACUUUCUGCUGUGGAAAUUUUGUCAGGACUUCAUUUCACAGAGAGCCCGGAGAAUGUGACGUCCUCGCUGGGGAAGCCGGUGCGCAUGCAGUGCAUCCUGCAGGGAGGUGGGGAUGAGCAGAAUCCCCCGGACGUUCUGUGGCUCAAGGAGGGGGAGCCACUGGAGUUCGCUGACACCAACCAGAUCCAGGUCUCCUACAGUGAAGACGCCUGGCUGGUCAUCAGCACACUCCGGAUUGAAGAUGUUCAGUUGUCAAACAUGGGUGCCUAUCGCUGUGGCGUGUUUACAGGGGCGGAUGAGACGAUGUCCUCCGCGGGACAUAUCCAAUUAGAGGGUCUCCCUCAUUUCUCAGUUGAACCUCAUGAUAUGUCUGUGGUGGCUAAUGUUGCCCUAAGCCUUCAGUGUGUGGCCCACGGUCCCCCUGACCCCGUCAGGGUCAUCUGGCUUCAGGACGGAGCCCCUCUGAACACGCUGCAAGACCCAGUGGCCCUCUCACCCUCCACGCUCAACAUCACAGGACUUAACAGAACCAGUUCCUUCUCCUGUGAGGCCCAUAAUGACAAAGGUGCAGCAUCGUCGGCGUCGGGUAUUGUGACAGUCCUCCCUGGCCAGCCUGAGAAUGUUACCGCAGUGGAGAUCUCCAGCUGCAGUGUCCUCCUGUCCUGGGAGCCAGGCUUUGCAGGAGUCUUCCCCAUCACCCACUGCACAGUGCAGGUCAGGACAUCAGGAGACUACUCAAUUUUUAAUCCUGAUCACGUGAUCUACAACCAGAAUGUUAACGUUCCACCUGCAAGACACCUGAUCUCAGACCUGAAGCCUUUCAGCCAAUACGACAUGAGAGUGGCCUGCUGGAGCAGUCAGGGCGUCUCUGAUUGGACGCUAUGGAUGUCAGUCAGCACCAAUGAAGGAGUUCCAGAUGGUGCUCCAGUGAAUAUCACUGCUGUGUUGAAUGGCACAGAGAUGUUGAUAAGCUGGGCUAAACCAACCGAGAGGCUCAAUGGGGCACUGCAGGGAUACGUGAUUGACUACAGUACACCUAAUAUGGAACAGGCCAUUCUGGAUGUGGGAUUGGACACCCAGCUGUCCAUCAACCUGUCUGCCCCACUGUCCAACAUCUCUUUCAGGGUGUGUGCCUACACAGGGGCAGGACAUGGACCCUGGACUCCUGUUCAGGAAAUCUCUCUUAUCCCUGCAGAAAUUGGAGUGCUACAAUCUGUAGGGUACUCCUCUGCUCCAGUGUUCUCCUGGCACUGGUGGUAUGUGGUCAUGGCUAUAGCAGUCACCAUCGCUAUGGCAGCACUCAUGGCUGUGUACAUGGCCAAGCUGCGGCGGAAGGAGACGCGUUUCGGUGAGGCAUUUGAGCCCAUGAUGGAAAGUGGUGAGUUGGUCGUGAGGUAUCGGGCCCGUCGGACCUACAGUCGCCGCACCACUGAAGCCACACUGAACUCGCUAGGUAUCAGUGAUGAGCUCAAACAGAAGCUCCAGGAUGUGAUGGUAGACAGACACAAACUAACACUGGGGAAGACUCUUGGGGAGGGCGAGUUUGGCUCCGUUAUGGAAGGGUUGCUGACCCAGGAGGAUUCUGUGCUUAAAGUAGCUGUCAAGACCAUGAAGAUUGCUAUCUGUACACGUACCGAAAUGGAAGACUUUCUGAGAGAGGCAGCCUGCAUGAAGGAGUUUGACCACCAGAAUGUCAUGAGACUACUAGGAGUGUGUUUACAGACUGUAGAAAGUGAAGGUUACCCAUCUCCUGUGGUGAUCCUGCCCUACAUGAAACAUGGCGACCUCCAUAGCUACCUGCUCUACUCCAGACUUGGAGACAGCCCUGUGUAUCUGCCCUCUCAGAUGCUGGUCAAGUUUAUGACAGACAUUGCAAGAGGUAUGGAGUACCUGAGUAGCAAGAACUUCAUUCACAGAGACCUGGCAGCACGAAACUGCAUGUUAAACGAGAACAUGAAUGUGUGUGUUGCUGACUUCGGCCUCUCCAAGAAGAUCUACAAUGGAGACUACUACAGACAGGGUCGCAUCUCAAAGAUGCCUGUCAAAUGGAUCGCCAUUGAGAGCCUGGCAGACCGAGUCUACACCACCAAGAGUGAUGUGUGGUCAUUUGGUGUGACUAUGUGGGAGAUCGCCACGCGUGGCCAGACUCCGUACCCCGGCGUGGAGAACAGUGAGAUCUACGACUACCUGAGACAGGGCCAUCGCCUCAAGCAGCCACCUGACUGUCUGGACAGCAUAUACUCGCUGAUGUUUUCCUGCUGGUUGCUCAGCCCAAAGGACCGGCCAAGUUUCGAGGUCCUGCGCUGUGAGCUCGAGAAGGCCCUGGACGAGCUGCCUGAUCCGCAGGACCCUGACGAGAUCCUCUAUGUGAACAUGGAGGAGUCGCCUGGCGAGCUCGGAGCAGUGGGGGGUGGAGAGUCCGUGAUAGGGGGUCCAUGCCCCCUGAAGGCCAUCGAUGCCAUGGCCACUGCGGAGAUCCACCCACCUGGCCGCUACGUAAUCUGCCCACAGCACGAAAGCCAGCGCCUGCUGCACAGCGACUCCCUGGAGAGCCUGACACUGUCGGGGUCCACACCAGCCCUGCUGCAAAUGUACUCCCGCGCCACCCCAGCACCCUCCUCUGAGAACCUGCCCCUAGACGAGAUAGAGGGGCCAGGUGGAAAGAAGGCACCCUGGCAGUGACCCUGAACGGACUAAAAGAGACUAUGAAAAUGUAUAUUGCCGCUGUACUGCCCUCGUAGGGAUAGAUUAGGUUUUGACCCUCAGCGUCAUUCGCCCCUUUGCACAUGCCCUCUACACACACCUGCUCACACAUGCACACUUCCACUGACCCUCCAUGGUUAAAUUGAGGCAUUUAAAAUAGAUAUAGUCCAAAUGUUUCCAAUCUCAUUAUUUUACUUCUAUAAUAUAGUGAGGCAAUUAACAAUCAUAUAUUUUUUAAUCACAAUACCCAUAAACCUGAGAUGUUAACUCACCACAACACUGCCAACACACCCACACUUUUGAUGGUAAACCUAGUUAAAGCUAUUCAAACUGAUGCACCAUUCAAGCCUACAGAUUUAAACUAGGUCAACAUGCAUCUGACAAGUUAGCAUGAAAGUCUAUAUGACCACAUGUAAAGCAAGCAUUAACAAUGAACUCAGGACGUACUAACUCUCAGCCAGUCAAUGGAAGCAAUGAACUCAGGAGGUACUAACUUUCAACAAGUCAAUGAGAGCAAUCCAAAAGACAUCUUGACAUUGCUUAAAACCAGCAUAUCACUGCCACACUGCAAACAGGAAAUAAGGCCUGAUUAAGUCAUUUGUUUUCUUCUGAACACUGGGUUCCAUGUCCACUUUUGACAGUUGGGAAGUUUUUUUACUUUGUCCUCUCCAAAGACAAUGUUUAAAGCCAACCCAGGAUUCUUCUAGUCACUGGAAGAUGGCUUUAUAUAAUGCCAGAGAGUACGGGGGAAUCACCUUGUCAGCGUUGGGAAAGAAUAAAAGGGAAAACUAAUCUAGGUUGGAUAAAUGUAAAUGUAUCAGAAAUGUUUCUACCAAGAUCUAUGUAAAGAGAACAUCCAUGUUUCUUCCAUCAAACAAACAAAACCAAAUUCCCAGUACUGUUCUGGUGACUACAUCAUUGUAUAAAUUGACUGUCUGCAUUCCUGUGAGGUAGAAUGUUUUUGAUGAGUGAACCAUACACUGUACUGAAAGGUUACCAAGGUUUUCUUAACAUGCCAGGUUAAUGCUGAAAUCUAGCCAUUGUCCUCAAACUGAUCUGAGACCAGUUUUAUGGUUUCCAAUGGCAACAUAGGCUGGAUCCCAUAUCAGCAUAAAAAGGGCAGUAGGUGAGACAGGGUUAGGGGCACACCAGACUUCUGCUACCCAGCAGAACCUCGACUCAAACACAGUAUUAUUGUGUUUGUUUGUUACUGUUUUUUUUUUCUUUAUCUUUUUUGUAUAUAUGAAAUCAUUGCACUAAUCAUUUGUGUUGUCAAUGUUUUGUGUUCAAGUUAAGUUCUUUUGUCUGUUAUGCAUACUGCCCACUUGUUGGCCUAAGAUUCCUAUUGGAUAUAUGGUAGAAUUAGCAUGAAAUUCUUAUUGGAUAUAUGAUAGAAUUAUGGUGAAAUUGUGAUCAAAGUGCUAAGCUUCUUUUUGAACAAUUUUAAAUGCUUAAAAGAACACAACAUAAAAUAAUUGUUUAUAACUUUUUAUAUGUUUAAAAAUAUUUACAAUUUACAAGUUUCAUGUUGAAUCCACUGAGAAACAGAACAGUGUGUUCAUUACUAUCAAAGUUUAUGGUAUGGGAGAGGAAAGACUGAGGUACAAUUUUUCAUUUAGUGAUACUGUUUCAAACAUUUAAUUGGUUUCAGAAAUUUUAAAAUAUUUUUAAUGUACAGUGAAUUGCAAGAUGUGGUGUUGUACGUAGAUGUCAAUGCAUGUGUAGAUCACGCUUCAUUAGACACUGCCAUGUCCUUCCUAUAUCUUUCACUGGUGUCAUCUUCAUAUUUACAAACACAUUUUCAGGGUCUUAGGCUCUGUUCGAAAUAGCCUACUACAUGCUGCACUUAGUAUAUACUGUACACUGGAUACUGGUCCCCAUAGUAGUAUGCAAUACAGUACCCAGUAUGCAACAAACGUAAACCAUACUACAGGGUCACAAACAUGUGAAGGUUCCACCCACUUGGGAAAGACCAGCCACCAUUGCAUGACAGGAUGCAGUAAACCAUAAUGAGCUCUGGUCAUGUACUAAAAUAUUUGGUGGAAAUUGGACAUCAUCCGGGUAGCUUUCGUGUACUGGAAAAAUUUAUUUUGGUCAGAUGCUGCAUACUGAUUUGGGACCCAAUCCGUAUGUGAGUAGUAUAUAGUAGGCUAUUUUGGACAUACCAAAUUUUCCCUAUCUUUAGGAAGAACAUAAUUCUGACCAUUUAAAGACAAAUACAACUGUUUUCAGUUAACCUUAGAUCAGGAUAUUGCACAAUUCCCUUACAACGAAGAAAGUACUCCUUCAUGGUGGUUGUAUAAGAUGGUCACAUGCACUCCUUCAUGGUGGUCUUAUAAGCACAUCCUGUUGCACAAAUGCUGUCACGUCCAUAAAAAUUCACACGUGAAUGAGGCAAUUUGACACUUAAAAGUGCCUUGGAAAAAACAGUAUUCCGCCUUAAAAUUGGUGUUUGUAAUAUGCAAAUGUGUAGAAUUAGGUCUGUGUGUCUAGAUAACAUUAAUGUAACUAUUAUGAUUUUUGGACAAUUUUGAUAUGCUUUUAUAUGUAAUAAAUGCUAUCUACACAACACA